GCGCUUAUUUUGGACAGUUCUACCCGGAAGUACUAUCAUCCUUUGCUUUCACCGAUAACAUGAUAGCCUAGCAGGCUAGUAGAAGUGCCUGUCUUGUUUCUGAGGGGAGAAGAUGAAGUAAAAUCGACUGUCAUGUCUGUAUCGUGUUGUAAAUUGUGACAACUGACGCCAAGAUGAUGAACGACAUAAUCGAGGAGCCCGAAAAAGACACGCUCCUGGAAGCGCAGCACGAGCCACAAGUUUUGACGGGACCAAAUAAUGGGACAAGACCUAAGACUACAGAUGGAGGCAACAGGCCAGUGGAGAAAAGAGGACCUUACAUCAUGUCCAGAGCUCCAGCCAUCCACCUCAAACUACAGAAACACAGGGAGAUGGCGAGAAAGGCGCUGAAGAAGAAGGCGCUGUCAGCCGGGCCUCCGGUAACGCAUCAGCCCAGACAAGGAGUCAAGAGGACAGUGAAGUAUAACAAGGGCUACGCUGCUUUGAGUCAACACCCCGAUGAGACUCUGGUAGCACUGGACUCGGACAGCGAUGAAGAGAUUGACUUCGAGCAGUAUUCCUCAGGCUACUCUUCGGCUGAGGUCCACCCCGAUUUGAGCCGGCAGCUCCUUCAGGACGGCUACCGCCUGGACGAGAUCCCCGACGACGAAGACCUGGACCUGAUCCCCCCCAAAGCCAUGGGCUCCUCUGUGUGCUGCUGCUCCGAGGGCCCUUCCUGCUCCAUGCAGUGACGCCGGUGCCAUGCCUCUGACCUCGCCACGGCGCGGCCGAAAACCUCAGCGGGGCCUCGCUGCUGUCUCCCUACGCCUUCGUCGUUUGGCGGCUGUGGUGCUGCAGGCUGAAUGAGACGAACGACUCCUAAAGCCGGACCGGGAGCACCGCACACUGACCAAUGCAGGCAGUUGUGAGAGCAAGCCUUAUCCACUGUGACCCCAAAGUUUGACAGGCUUUAUUUAUUUAUUCAUCCUGUUUUUUCUUUGUGUAGGAUUACACGAAAUAGCAAUGGCCACUCACUCUACACAGAGUGGGAGACUGCUUACUGUUCUCUCCUCUCUGGGUCAUUCAGGUGUGAUGGUUUGUGUUUAGUUUGAGCUCUUUUUUUUUUUUUUACGCUGCAUUCAUCGGUUACUGAUUUAAGAACUUCUAUUUUAACUACCGGCACUUCACUGGAGCAUGACAAUGCUUUAUUAGUCUGUUAUAUCUUUUCCACCGGAGUUUGACCCAAAACAGUACAGAAGCAAACGGGCAGGAUUGAGUAAAACUACUUUACUCCGUGUUGUUACGUGGAACGAGUACGUUUUCCCUCAUGAUUAUUUACUACAAAAAAGGAGUUACAUUUUGGGCGAUUUGUCAUGGAGCAAAAAGCCACACUGCACUAAUGUUAAAAAAACAAAACAACAAGAAAACACAAUGUUUACUCAGACAGUUACGGAUCUCCACACCAUGAAAAGACUAAAAGCUGCACUUGACUCACUUUGCACCGAGUUUCAAACAGUGCUGAUGACCUCGUUACAAUGUUUUAGGAAAAAGGGUUAAAUCGGCAUCAUCAUCUGAAACUAAGAAUACACUCUUACAAUUAAAAGUCUCUUUUUAAGGAAAAAUAUUCAGAAACAAGUGGAAUGUAGGAAGAAUUCCAAAAAGUACAUUAUUAUGUGGCCAAUAAUUGAUAUGUAGCAUUCUGGUUUAAAACCCUAUCCUGCAUGUCAUGAAGAACAAUAUGUAUGCACAUCAGGUUUGACUAUGUAUUUAAGUAUAAUAUUAUUUUCUAUAUUACAUAUUCCAUGCAAGUUAUUUACAUUAUACAUCAGUUUUGAAUAUAUAUUUUUUGUUUGUUUCUUUCUGUUUGUGAGUUUUAUUUGUGCACAUUUAAUCUGAGGAAGAAGAAAAGAAAGUCUUCUGUCGUUUUUCUUGCAUUUCCGGUAACAUUCUUCUGUUAUUUUUGGGUUGAUGUUCAUGACGGUGACAGUCAGCCCCAUCUCCUUAGAUUUGUGUGUGUAUGUAUGUGUGUGAAUGCACAAAUAGGGAGCAAUUUGCCUUUCGCAUAUGUUUGCGAAAUAAAAGUUUUUAAAAAUAAUUGCACAUCUGCCCCACCAAGGUUUGAGGAACAAGUUGUUACUGAUAGCCAGCUGAUCCAUUCACCCAAAAGGAAGCGCUGCAAAGAGCUGGACGACAUCAGGAACGGUGCAGGUUCAUCAAUUGGAUGACAGUGGAUUUUGAAAAGAACGUUGGAAGCUUUUCAGGCUUGUAAUGUAGACGUCUGAGCUGACGGGGAUGUUUCACCCAGCGUGUUUCUUUUUCCUUUUGAUCCUGCAAAAUGCUUUAAAUGGACUGGGUGAAUUGGAAGCAUGUGACGCCUCCCUCCCUUCCAGACACCGAGAUGUGUUUGAUGUGUAUAAAUUGUGGCACUUGGCACCAACGAUCAGUAGCAAGUACACUAAACUCACCUGUGCUAUGCAACCAUUGGGACAAUCUCCUUGUUGUAUGACGCUGUGCAGAGGUUUUCCUAUCCAGUGCUAAAUGCAAUAAGUUUGUUUUUUUACAAUGGUAACUGCUAAUCUUUUUAUUUCACUGUAUUGGUCGCUGAUUUGCAUUAAUAAACCAAACUCCAAACAUG